CCGCAGGCUUGGUGGGGGCCGGUCGUGUUGUGGAAAGCAAAGUGAGUGAUUGGAUUAACAGUGAAAGACAGGUGGAGUCUUUGAAAGCAAAAUCUAUAAAUAAAAGGGCACACGCCAACUCAUGUAAAGAAAGAGAGAGAGGAAAAAAAAACUUUCGCCGUGUUUUUUGGCGGGGAAUGAGAAGCUGCGCCCCAAAGGAUACUCGGCGCCGUAUAAGGACUAACGGCAAGGCAUCAGCUGUCCCCGCAGCGUUGAGGAAGAACAAACAAACACCGAGCUUGAAAAAGAGUGUGAUGGGCGGCGCCGUGUGAGCCAGCGCAGGACCCUCCCAACACCAUGCCCGAUCCGCCCCCCCUCCUCAGCGUAAGCACCGGCGGCGUCGUGGUCCCCAGCCCCUUCAUGCAGCCCCCGCCGCCGUACAACUCGUUCAUGCAGCCGUCCUUCGGGCGAAUGCGUGCCCCGACUGUGCCCCAAGAACUACGUGUACGUGCAGAAGGACCAGCUCUGCCACGACGUGAACGAGCCCAACCUGUGCCCGGGCAACAGGCGUCUCUACCUCACCGCCUCCGGUAUGGCCGUCUGCGACUGCCCCGAAGGGAUGUUCCCGGGCCCGGACGACCAGUGCUACUACCUCUACGAGCAGGCCUUCUGCAGCGAGGGCAACGUGCUGCAGUUCGACAACGAGACCAAGGCGCUGACCUGCCUCCCCGACCCGUGCCGCGUCGCCAACGCCAACCUGUGGACCGACGACCUGCCCUUCGCGCCCUACCAGGGGACCUUCUGCUACCAGUUCAACACGCAAGGGCCCUGCGGGAACGGGGAGAGGUUUGGCUUCGACACGGACAAGCUGGAGGCGACCUGCGUGUCCCUGGAGGAGGCGGGGUUGGAGCAGGCUGCGAAGACAUACGUUUUCCAGUAUAUGUCCUUCCCAGCGACCGAGAGCAACAAGUAUCAACACUACGAACUGUCCUACGUGAUCUUCAACUCCAGCAAGGUCGAAAAUUGGAACCUGCAGGUGAAGGGCAUCCCUCGGGACAAGAGGGACGUUGCCCAAGGGCCUCGCGAGGUUGGCGACUCCGAGUUGAUCGUGCCCUUCCUGGACACUCGCGAAAUCCCCAAUUCUUUCGAGCCCUUGGGGAAGGCUCGUCCUCCGACCUGGAUAACCCGCCGGCAGCGAAGACGAAGGGCUGGGAGGGUCCGCAGAUAUAGGUCCAGCAACGCCACCGGCAGCUACUUCAUCGACGCCAGCCCGAGGCACAGCAGCUCCGCGCCCGGCGGCAGGGGGGGCAGCCCUCUCACGGCCCACGGCGGAACCAGUCCCGCCGCCAGCUCCAACGUGACCGUAUUCCACAUUCGCCACAGCCACAGUUCCCCGAUCUCCAUCGCCAACGUCACCAUCAUCACUAACGGCAACAGCUUCCCCAAUGCGUCUUCCAGUGGCGCUGGAAGUCACCGCAGACGCUAUGGCUCAGGCACCGCUGGUUCUAGCAACGCUGACCUUCGAAAUACGAAGAUUGCCACGGGUGCGAAAGCUAUCCGCAGGGGUCACGCCUCUGUCCCCGGUGGUCGCCAUGGAAGCAGAAGACCCGGCGCGUCCAGGAGGUCGCCGAGCAGCAUCCGCAGCAGCACGAACAGGAACCAGGGCCACCAGAGAAACCGCAACCUGCUGGCGAGGUUGAGGGCGGACCCGGGUCAACAAUCCGGCCAGACUGACGCCCAGCAGAACGCCACGAUAGAGACGCUGCUGCAGGAAAAGCCGUCGCCCUCGGGAACAACCCAGGUCGAGGGGGUAAGAGGAGGGAAGAGGAGGAGAGCGAGAGGGAAAACGGGACAGAAGCACAAACGAAAGAAAGGAGAGGAGGAAGGAGAGACCGAGGAUGCCGAUGCAGGGGAGAAGAUCGAAAGAGUAAAGCAGAGGCGAAGCGACAGAGAUUCGGCUCGUCGGAGGAACCAAGACGACCAAGACAUUGUGAAGGUCGACCAGACGGGCGGCUCGGCCCCCAUUCCGGUGCCGCAGGAGGGCCUCAACGGCACGGCGAAGGAGCCUCGGGGCCGCGGCAAGAAGUUCCGACGCCGCAACCGGAAGCACCGCGGCAAGAAGAGGAGGCGCGGUCGCGGUCAGGGCCGCAAGGGGCGCAGGAAGAAGGUCGACGCGCCCAAGAAUUCGACCCGAACGGAGAAGAAGAAAAAGAAGAGGAAGAAUCCCAACCUGCCUCACCGGGUGCCCGUCUCCCCGCCGCCCACCGCGCCCGAAACCCCCACGAACGUCAGCUUGGGCGGCGACGACGCCCCCAAGAACAGGACGCGCCUGGACUUGAGACCCAGCCUCGCCGACGACGUGGAGGACGGCGACGGGGACAGCAAUGUGGAGGUGACCGACGAGACGUCCUCCUCGUCAGGGGACCCGGAGAAGGGUGCGGAGGAAGAGGGGGACGAGGAGGAGGAGGAAGGGCAGCAGUCGUCGUCGUCCGAAAAGUCCCUCCCCAAGUACAUGCCGCACCGCGGGCGCCGCCAGUCAGCGGGGGGCAUCAUCAACGCCCCCGAGCUGAUCCAGUGCAAGCCCGGCGCCGAGAAGGACUACAACCGCAAGUGCCGCCCGCGCUUCAUCCCGCAGGAGAAGAGCCCCCGCAGCCUGCCCAACAGCACCGAGCCCACCAUCAAGUGCCCCAAGAACACCUCCCUCAACCCGCUCGGUCAGUGCCAGAUCACGAACAGCGCCCUCGGCUGAGCGUCGUCCUCAUCGAGUCAUCACUUCCACGUUUGGCAUCAUCUUCAUCACACCACCAGCAAGAAGGAAGCCACGACCAUGCCCUCCUUGGCUCCCCGCGAACUUGGCGCAGGUCCUACCCAAAGGAGCGUGGGCGCGGCUUUAAAACUAUCGUGCGUCACGCGUUCGAACAGUCUCGAAUGAAACGUUCUUCGAAUCAGUUUCGGUUUCAUUCAUGCCAACGAGGCGGGUCAGUUCAGCGUGUUCAGAGACUUUCCGUUUGAUUCCGCGUGCGAGGAAGGAACGCUGACGAAGGCAAGAAUUCCACCUGGAUAUUGCACCGACGUCUCCUAGCAUUCCUCAGCAAGUGCUUCCGAUAUUUCAAAGAAAUAGUGAAACAAGGAAACAAGCGGCAUCAGGUCUAUUUAUUCUAAGAUAUAACACAAUUUACGUUUCUUCGUAAGCUACAUUGUCACAAUAGAUGUUUGUUAAGUCGUCUUCAUUAGGAUAUAAAAUUGCAGUCUUACCUGCAACGAUACUCUUUUGUGAGUGUUUCCAAGAAGCCAAAAUGCCUCCCUUUCUACGACAAGGUGAGCUGUACAAGUGCGCAGAACCAGAGAAACCUUUUUUUUAUCUGAUGAGUGUUAUCAAACCACAGGAAUGUUUGAAAUGAAGGCAAUCUCAAGUAACAUUAUGUUGGCAAAGGGACUAUUCUGAGCCAGAAGUGUGCCCGAGACCAGAAAACUCAGGCUAUGAUGUAGAUGUUAGUUAACUCUCUGUCCGGGGAAUCUUAAUUGGCCAACGGGACGUUUAGUAACUACAGAUUUGUUAAUGGAAGAUAGUGGAAAGAUAUGAGUAUUGGACUGUUAGAUUGAAUAGGUAAAAGGAAAAAUACAUUUGUGUUUACAGUUUUAGAGUGAGGAAUUGUUUCGAGAGAUGUGUAAGCAAUAUAUAGAAUCAAAUGAAAGAGUUAUGAGGAUCAGUCAUGAAUUUACAUAUUUUUCUGCAUAAAAUCCUAUUGGCCUAUAUAUGUAUAUAUACAUAGACAUUCUUACGUAAUUGCACACACGCACACACACACACA